GCCUUUUGUUUUUGUUUUUGGCGGUGAUAUACGAAAUUCACGUACAUUGGUUAAAAUAACUCGUUGGAUGGAUUGGCAACAACGUUCAAAUAUUGACGAAGAUGUCAGACUCUAGAAGAUCUGGCCGUAGACAAAGAAAACAGGUGGAUUACAGUAAAUUUUGUGAUGUUGAAAGUGAAAACAAUAGUGAUGAUGAUUUUACAGAACCAACACCACCUAUAGCUAAAAGACCAAAGAUUGCAAAAGAAAAACCAAAAAAGGAACUUAAAUUAUCAAACAAUAAAAAGAAAAAUGAAGAAAGGGUUCCAUUAGAUGAUAAACUGUAUCAGCGUGAUUUGGAAUUAGCUUUAAAACUGUCUAAGAAAAGUUCGCAAGAAUCGGACUCAGUAGUGAACUCAGAAAAUGUAGAGGAUGUGAAGUGUGAUGAAGAAAGUGAAUUAAAGAAAGAUGAGGUGUCCAAAGAAAAUAACACCUCUGUAGAGAUCAAGGACCUGGAUAAAAAUGGCGGUGCAGACAAUGAGUUUGAUCCUGCAAGCAAUCCUGACAGUUUUGUUUCCUCUGAAAGUUCAGAUGAGGAGAGCGAAAGUGAGGAUGACUGUGAUUUUGUUCCUAGAGCUAAAAGAAAGACUACAUCAAAAGGAAGAAAUAAAGGUGUCGGAAGAGGUAAAAGGAAAAAUGUUGACAAGUCACCAGUCAAACCAAGAAUGAGUGCAACAGUUACCCCAGUUCACAGAGCUGGCAAAUUGACUCCUAAAGGUCGUGGAAGCAAACCACGUUGUACAGUUGGUUUCACUCCACCAGCGCCAGUAUCUGGCACCUCCCAUGCAAGCCUGGUGUCCAGUCCAUCACGGUCUAUCCGCAAACCAGCAUGGUGUUCACCUAGUCAAGGUUCAAACCCUCUUGGUGGAGUGACAUUAAAAUCACCAAAUGCACCAUUGAGGCUGGGACUUUCCAAAAAUGUUCGUGUCAAACCACUGCACCCACAUGUUAAAUAGUAGGUGCUGACCACCAUGAAUGUAUGAUCACAA